CUUUUUUGAAUACUCGGCCGGCCGUCUCGUCCUCUUAUCCUUUUCUCUCCUGAUCUUUCUCUCUCCCUGAUCUCCUUUCACUCUUUUCCUCUCCCUCUUUUAUAGUUCUCCUCGUUAGAAUUCCUCCUCCUUUUCUGGGAGGAGCGCCUCUGACGCUGCGCAGGCGUGGUUGGUGCAGAUCUUAGAUAUUUGGUGGAGAAGGACGCCAUGGCCGGCUGCAAGGAGGAGGUGAGGAUGAGGAUGGAGGGAUGUUCGGUGGUGUGUCCCAAGCCUCGUCGAUUGGAUUUGGGGCUCUUUGACUCCACCUUCCACGACCACCACCACUUCAGACCCUCCUCCUUUAGAUGGCCCAUCAAUAAUAAUCACCGGACCGAGAUCGGAGAUUCAAAAGCAGGGACGGAGCUUUUGGAUAUCAUUCUCGCCAAGGGAAAUUGUUCUGAGAGGCCCUACUGCAACCAAGUAGCUUCAUCGCCACCAUUUUUUAGUGGAUCUCCACCAAGUAGGGCUUCAAAUCCUGUAGUCCAAGAUGAGCACUUUGGCAAUGAGAAUAUCACUGCAUUUCCUCCUGUUGCACCACCCUCGCCCUCCGCCCGGAAAGUGAGAGGAUGUGCCCCAAUUUCAUCUGGGCACAAACCCGCUGCAGUUCGAAUCGAAGGCUUUGAUUGCCUCAACUCUGAUAGGCGAAACCGCAGCAUCUCUGCUGUGGCAUAAACAAAAUAGAGCAGAGGAGAUUUUGGGAGAGAGGUGAGAGCUAAUGUUCUGAUGAAAAUGUUUGUAUAUACAGAGGUCACUGUUAUGUUUUCUUGUUCUUGUUGAGGUUUUGUGUUAUAAGGGUGAAAGGAGUUGUAUCAUGUAAAUUAUGGUGAAUGGGAGAGACUGUUUCAUAUUGAGGAAUAAAAUUAGAGAAAGAGAGCAAUUCCUUUCUCUUUGGUCAA